AGCAGAUGGUUUUAGAGGAUAACACUGCCCCUGGGGGAUAGGGUGGUGGUCCUGGGCAUGUUCAAUUUGGAAGUCAUCACUGUCUCUGCUAGGGGUAGUCAAGGAGGAUCAGGCCAUGAGUGAGCAGAGACAAGACCUGCCAUUCCCAGACAUUUAGCCUUUAUGUGGGUGGUCAGGGUCCAGCAGCUUGACUCAAGGCUCUAUCUGUUUCCAUGCAGGGCCUUACUAGGAGUCACUCAACCCUUUAUUUUUGAAGGAAGGAGAUCUUCCGGGCUCCUGGGCUGUCUUCCACCCUAGGCUGGGCCGGCUGCCAGCACCCAGCCGCUCACAUCCGGCCCCCUCCCUCUAUACUCACUAGAGAGCCAACAUCUGUCUCUAUCUGCCCGCCCCUCUCCUUCGACCCCAGAAUACUGUUUCCCGCCUAAUUAUUGUCGCUGUAGGGUGAGGGGCUGGAAGGACGUCCUCUGGUUUGCGUCUCAGUUUUUGGUAGGCUUUCAGGGAAGGAAGUCUUGGUCAACAGAAUUUGCAUGAGAGUGACUUUCAGUUAUAGGCCCUGGCUAUAACCUAGGCUCUGAGCCAGGCCAGUACAACCUCAGGGGGAUCUAGAACUGAGAUUCCAUAUGGUUGUCUGUAGAGUGGACCCUGAAGCUGGCCGCUGUAUGUCUCGGACCGUAGACCCACUCGAGGCAAACUCUGUCAUUCUCGCCCAUCGCCUGCGUCAUUGCGACCUCAAACCAUCACCCGGAACCCAAGGAGGGCCCCCCCAGAUGGCUGGGCGGAGAAGAAUGAGUGUUGGACUGGCCCAGGAAGCCUCUUUCACUUCCGGCGUCUGGUCGCAGCCGAAACCUAGACUUCUGCAGUUGCGGCUGCGGCUGGUGUAGGCUGCGAGCGGACAGCGUAUAGCUCAGGCUAGGGGCAGCGGGGAGGGCAACUGCUUCCAGCUACUGGCCGGGAGCCUUGGGAAGUACGACGUUGUACUGAGUGUCUCUCAAUCAUGGAUCACGACGACCCAACCGAAGCGUUGACUGAGCUGCGGGAGAAGCGGCUGGGCUUGCUGGAGUUAUUGCAAGCGGCGGCAGGCUCGGGGUUGGCUGUCUAUGCUAUGUGGGCGCUGCUGCUGCAGCCGGGCUUCCGCCGGGUGCCUCUGAGGCUGCAGGUGCCCUACGUUGGCGCGAGUGCCCGGCAGGUUGAGAACGUGCUGUCACUGUUGCGAGGCCGCCCUGGAAAAAUGGUGGAUCUAGGCUCUGGUGAUGGCAGGAUCGUGCUGGCGGCCCACCAAUGUGGACUCCGCCCAGCUGUGGGGUAUGAGCUGAACCCGUGGCUUGUGGGACUUGCACGGCUGCAUGCCUGGAGGGCAGGUUGUUCCGGGAGUGUCUGCUACCAUCGAAAAGAUCUCUGGAAGGUGAGCCUCAGGGACUGUCACAACGUGUCUGUGUUCCUGGCUCCCAGUGUGCUCCCACUGCUGGAGGACAAGCUCCAAGAAGAGCUUCCUGCAGGGGCCCGGGUAGUAUCUGGGCGAUUCCCCCUCCCCACCUGGCAGCCUGUAGCUGUGGUGGGCGAGGGCACCGACAGAGUUUGGGCCUAUGAUGUCCAUGGUAUUGGGCCAGCUGUGUCUUCUUGUGGGGUGCCCAUCAAGGGCAUCGCAGAGUCCAGUUCUACCUUGGUCCCUAGGGCCCCUGUUUGACAAGCUGGCUGACUGGAUAAAAUAAAGACUCCGUGGGUUCAA